AUGGUAGUGUUUUUCCAUAGUCCCGGGGAGCCAGUUUUUCGUUAUCGUUGCCUCAAGUCGGAUAAUGCCACGAGAGCUCCUGUCUUGGCACAUGUGGAGUCUGUGGAUCAGGAAGUAGCUAUCACAGAUAGUGUGGUGGUAUCCGAGUAUAGUGAGAUGUUUCAGGAGAUACCGAGUUUACCUCCUCGGAGAGUUGUCCAUUUAUAUAUUGAUGUUGUACCUGGUAUAGCACCUGUGUUGAAGGCGCCUUAUAGGAUGGGGCAGAACAAGCUUAAAGAGUGGAAAGUGAAUAUAGAUGGGCUAUUAGACCAAGGGUUCAUUAGACCUAAUGUCUCACCUUGGGGUGCACUGAUGUUGUUCGUGAAAAAGAAAGAUGGUUCCCUGCGGUUGUGUGUGGACUAUAAGGAAUUGAAUAAGAUGACCAUCAAGAAUAGAUAUCUUUUGCCUAGGAUUGAUGAAUUGUUCAAUCAUCUUAGAAGGGAUACGGGUGAAGAAAUUACAAGAAUGCUAACUGGUGCGGACCGUGGUGACGCUUGUGUGUACAGUUAUCGUUAUGGAGAUCGUUCGUUCACUCGAGGGAGUCUAGCUCAGGAAACCUUCACAUUUGGCUCGGCUAACGGUCGUCCUGUUUCCCUUCCAAAAAUCAUAUUCGGUUGUGGACAUGAAAACGGUGGCACAUUUGAUGAGUCCGGCUCCGGCUUAAUCGGUCUUGGCGGUGGCCCUCUUUCUUUCAUUUCUCAACUAAACGGAGGGAAAUUUUCAUAUUGCUUGGUUCCCACGUCAGCUAGAUCCUCCGUUUCAAGCAAGAUAAGUUUUGGUACUGACGGAAUAGUCUCAGGCAACGGUGCCGUCUCAACUUCUCUGGUUUCCAAGCAACCCGACACAUUCUAUUACCUUACACUUGAGGCAAUUAGCGUCGGUAAAAAGAGGCUAUCCUACAAGAGCAGCCAAUCCUCUAAUAAGGGCGUUGCUGCCAAUAAGGGUAACAUUAUCAUCGACUCCGGGACGACGCUGACCUUGCUACCACCUGGGUUCUAUGACGAUGUCGUCUCGGCUUUGAAAGAGGCGAUUAAUGCAGAGCAUGUUAGUGACCCGAAUGGGGUUCUGAGUCUUUGUUUCAGAAGCAAGAGUGAUCAUGACAUCGAUGUUCCCGUUAUCACACUACAUUUUAGUGGUGCUGAUGUGAAGUUGAACGCUUUGAACACAUUUGCUAGGGUGGAAGAUGAUAUGAUCUGCUUUACGAUGAUUCGGUCUGAUGAUGUGGCCAUCUUGGGAAACCUGGCUCAAAUGAACUUCCUGGUGGGUUAUGACCUUGAGGAAAGUACUGUGUCCUUCAAGCCAGCUGAUUGCACCAAGCAUUAGAUUCUUCAAGCUUCUGAUUUAAAUAAUUUUU